AGUCCAUAUGUUUUGACAUUUGAACUUGAGUGGUCCUAUAAUUAGGCGUAUAACACAAACAAAGAAAACUAGAAUUAGCCAAAAAAAAAAAAAGGAUAUGUAGAUUUAUUCUUGAAUCAUCUUUUGCCCCAAUAAAUAAUUUCCCUUCUUCCCCCAAUAAUGAUCAUCAUGUGAUCUAUAAAAGAAGGAAAUUUAACUAAAUCAGAAGAAAAUAGAGACAUAAAAGUAGUGGGGUCGAAAAAGAGAAAGAAGAAAAGAAAAGGGGUGAAAAAGUAGUAAAAUCUAAGAAAGUGACCCGAAGAGAGUAAAUUAGUUAGAGCAUCACAUCUCUCUGGUCCCCUAUGAGAGAAGAAGCUCUCACGGAAACCUCCUCAUAUGGGUCCUAUUUACCAACACACAUCUCCAAGCACCCUCUUUUAAACGCCGUUACUUAACGGAAGUCUAUCCUCAUCAUCAAAUAUGGUACGGUGUAAUUUGAGAAUGGGACAAAAAGAAAGACGUUACCUAAGGUCGAAGUAAAAAGCUUUGAAGAGGCGGUGGAUGGGAGAGAGUGUUAACGGCGUUAGUGUAGGAAACGACAACGUGGGAUGCUACUGUCUGUGUCAGGGAGAAGAGAGAUAGAGUUAAUGAAGAUUUUUGUCUGUAUUCUGAAACAAGGUCGAAUGUUGGAGACUAAGGAAACAAAAGAAGAGCUUUUUGAUGGCUCAUGAGGCUUUCAAAUAGCUACACCGCUCCUCUCACCUUAGUUUUAACCUAAAUCCCCAAUCUUUCUCCCCAUCCUCUCAUUUUUGAAGUGCCACUGAGAGAAAUAGAGAGACAAAAAAAAGAGGAAGCCUUUGUGUUCUUGUGGGUGGUUUUUAAGGUUUUCUUUAUGUUGAGGACAUUAGGCUAAAGAGUAAAGCCGGGUGCUUUUUUCUUCUCUGUUUCUCUCUGUUUUUUUCUUUCUUGGAUUUUUUGAAGGAUAAAGCUUUGAGUAUCUCCAAGGUUGUUUUUCUGUUUAUGUGUGUUGUUGAGCUUUUAAAUCGGGUUUAAAGGUUUCUAGAGGUGGUGUUUCUGGUAAAAGUUUGAUACUUUUUGAGAGGAUAUAACAGAGUCAGGAAAUAGAAAGAGAGAAAUUGUGUGUGUGUGUGUGUUUCAGUUUAAUGGGAACAAGAGCAGAACGUAAGGAAGAUUUUGUUGGUGGGUUUGGAUUUGGAGUUGUAGAAAAUUCGCAUAAAGACGUUAUGGUGCUACCACAUCAUCAUUAUCAUCCAUCAUAUUCAUCACCUUCCUCUUAUUCUUCUUUGUGCUACUGUUCUGCUGGUGUUAGCGAUCCCAUGUUCUCUGUUUCUAGCAAUCAGGCAUACACUUCUUCUUACAGUAAUAUGUUUUCUCACACCGGUUCUGGUUCUACUGCUGUGACUGUAGCAGAUCCUUUUUUCUCCUUGAGCUCUUCAGGGGAAAUGAGAAGAAGUAUGAAUGAAGACGCAGGUGCAGCUUUCAGUGAAGCUCAAUGGCAGGAGCUUGAGAGGCAGAGGAAUAUAUAUAAAUACAUGAUGGCUUCUCUUCCUGUUCCUCCCGAGCUUCUCACUCCCUUUCCCAAGAACCACCCAUCAAACACUGACCCGGAUGUAACAGUGGCAGUGGCAAAAGGAGGCUCAUUGCAGCUUGGGAUUGCUUCAAGCGCAAGCAACAACUCGGCUGAUCUGGAGCCAUGGAGGUGCAAGAGAACAGAUGGGAAGAAAUGGAGAUGCUCUAGAAACGUGAUUCCUGAUCAGAAAUACUGUGAGAGGCACACACACAAGAGCCGUCCUCGUUCAAGAAAGCAUGUGGAAUCAUCUCACCAAUCGUCUCACCACAAUGACAUUCCUACCACUAAGAACGAUACUAGCCAGUUUGCGAGAACUUAUCCUCAGUUUUACGGACAACCUGUAAGCCAGAUCCCUGUGCUUUCUACUCUUCCGUCUGCUUCCUCUUCAUAUGAUCACCACAGAGGACUGAGGUGGUUUAGGAAAGAAGAUGAUGCCAUUGGAACUUUAAACCCGGAGAUUCAUGAAGCUGUCCAGCUGAAGGUUGGAUCAAGCAGAGAGCUCAAACGCGGAUUCGAUUAUGAUCUAAAUUUCAGGCAGAAGGAGCCAGUAGUAGACCAUAGCUUUGGAACAUUGCAGGGUCUAUUAAGUCUAAAAGAGACACCACAACAUAACCAAGAGACAAGGCGGUUUGUUGUAGAAGGGAAGCAAGACGAAGCAAUGGGAAGCUCUCUGACACUAUCAAUGGCUGGAGGAGGCAUGGAGGAAGCAGAGGGAACCAACCAGCAUCAGUGGGUUAGCCAUGAAGGUCCAUCAUGGCUCUAUUCAACAACACCAGGUGGACCAUUGGCUGAAGCACUGUGUCUCGGUGUCUCCAACAACCCAAGUUCUAGUACUACUACUAGUAGCUGCAGCAGAAGCUCAAGCUAGAAAAAUGGCUCUAGUAGUUAGUGUUGUUUACAAGUCAAAACCCCGGUUUAGUGAUUAAAAACCAUCGUUGUUACUUGUGUUUUGUUUGAAAAACUGAGACCUUUUAGCUUCUGUUGGUGUUUUGCAGAAGGCUAAACCACUACUCUAAUGAUGGAAAAUUGUUUGAAACAACGGUUUACUUAAACCGGUUUGUGUGUCUC